AUGAGUCAAACAGGAAACAGACAACAUAAUGGAUCUCAAAAUGAUAAAAGAGUAGAAAUAAUUAAUCAUAUAGAAAAUAUAAUCAUAAAUGAAGAUAAUUCACAACAAGAUAAUAAUGGAGAACCCUCUUCAGCUGAAUUAAUACAACGACUAAUUACUGAAUUAGAUCAA